UACGGACACGGUGAGACGGAUGAUGUGACCGAGCAUUAAGAAUGGCUCAGUGUAUGUCGAGAUUGUGGGGGUCCCAACUUUGGGGCCGCAGGUAUAUGAUUCAUGCAUUGCACGAGACCAAUCAGGCCUAUGUGUCCGGCCGGGGGUGGAGUCUGGUCAAUAUUCACGGCGAGACGGCUGCCCGGAAGCGCCGUUACGAAAAUCCUCUCCAAUUUGCAGAGACAGAGUCUGUCUUGUCUAUAAAGCCGAGUGCUAUCUCUCUGGGAAACGCAGUCUUGGGCUUCUCGAAUUGAAUUCAGCACGCAUUUCCCCUGAGGGCCCUGAUUUUGUCAUGGUCACUACCCGCACUGGUAGUACCUACUCCGCGGCUUCUUCCUCACAGCCGCGAUCGAAGAAUGCCCACUUUGUCGGCACUCAGCUUCAGCCUGGGAUUUGCGAUCGCCCAACUAAGGAUGAUGUCAAUUCGAAUACCAGCAUGCACCCCCCUCAAGACCCUGCCCCGCCCGUUCAUGACAGCGCCAGGUCCCCGCUCGCUGCUCUCAAUGCUCAAGAGCCCGUCGAGACAGGUCCGGAAGAGAAUGACGACUCCCGACAGACUUUCCAUACCGAUUUGCCUUGCAAGGCGCAGACUGCCGAACAUAUUCUUCAAGGGACCUGGAUCUCAAGAGGCUGACACCGGGUUGGCUGAAUCUCGGCCUGGAGAGCACUUGGACACUGUUACCUCGCCUUGUGAAGACGUGCGCGCUAGUUUGAUCUCAAACGAAAUCAUCACCACCGGCGCAGCGCCUCAGGAGGCAGAACCCAAAAAUUGCAAUUCUCGAGAUACACAGCCCACGGACGUUGCAUCUCAGCAGCCUGUACUCUCCGACAUUGCUCCACGUGAGACUGUUGGUUCUCACAGUCCUCAAGAGACCAACUCUGUCAGCUUCGCUCGUUGCGAGACCGAGACUGAGAUUGAGAUUGUUGACUUGACCAAUGGUCAAGAGCGCGAGGCCGCCAGCCUUACCCACGAGAGCGCUCCCCAAGCCCCCGAGACCGCUGACUGUAUCCGACCUCAGAGGCCCAAAAUUGCCAAUCGGGCCGUUAUGAGACCGCCGACGCAGGCCAUUGUGACAUUGCCAACACCAACUCACUGACGAUCGCGGACCCUCCCCAUCCAAAGCUCUCGACUGCCGAAGUCGAAUCUCCCAAGGCUGAAAUCGCUGAUCUUGACGUUCUUGGGACUAAGACAACCAACCAACCCUACUCAAGGACCCGGUCUUACCAACAUCAACCAUG